GUGUGUGUGUGUGUGUGUGUGUGUGAGAGAGAGAGCGCGAACGCGUGCGCGCGCGUGUGUGUUUCUGAAGAUCAGACACGCUCCUCCUGAUCGGGUGUUUUCUCAUUGCGAUCUGUUUCCAUGUUUUUAGGUUUAUGUGAUAUUUCUAAAAAUGCAUCAUCACCAUCAUCAUCACCAUCAUCAUCAUCAGAGAAUGGCCGCGUUAGGGACGGAUAAAGAACUGAGCGAUUUGCUGGAUUUCAGCGCGAUGCGAAACAGCGAUUUGAAAAUGUUCCCCACAUCAAUGAUGUUUUCCCCUCCUGUCAGCAGCGGGAAGAACAACGGACCGACGUCUCUGGGAAGUGGACAUUUCUCCGGCUCAAAUUUGGAAGAAAGAGCGAGUUCGUCUUGGGGAAAUGGAGUUCGUCCCACUAAAAAUUACGCUGACGGCUCUCAGUACGGCCACAUGCCCGGCCGGGACCUCGGGUCACAUGACAACAUCUCUCCACCGUACGUCAACUCCCGAUUAGCAGGGAAACCGGAGCGAGCGUCGUACUCUUACUCACGAGACUCCAGCGUUCACGGCUGUCAG